AUGAACACCAGCUCUUGUCCGAAUCUGACCGGGAUCGCUUCAACUCCAUCGCUCUCAAACGACUUUGCGGCAGCCCCCAUGCCGCUCCUUUGUGUGGAUCAUCAGCCCGUGCUGCUGCUGAAACCAAAGGUGCUAAUGGGCCCGGAGACCUUGUGA